AUGGACGAUGCUAACGAGGAUCUUUGUGCCCGUGUGAAAGCAGUAAGCCUGGAGAAAUACCGCGGCAAGGGUCUCAUCAGCAUCCACUUUGACAUGGAAAAGGGUAGAGCCGUAUUUUUCACCACCCAGGCGAUUGGCCCGAAGGAGAUUUGCGGGGUGUUCUUCGAUUGCGGCUGUGAAGUCGUGUCGCAAGUCGUCAGGAUUGAUGGUGUGGAAGAGCGUUUUGCAAUGUACGCAAGUGGAGCGCGAGCAACGCGUCGAAAAGAACGUGAUGCCCUUGCCGGACUACCU